AGAAGGCCGCGCCGCUGCGGCCCGGGCCAAUCAGCGCGCGGAGCGGAGGGUUUAACUCCUAUUUAAAAUGAAGACGCUUUGAAUCGUAACGGCUGCGCUCCCGGAGGACUCGGCGCCGGGUCUGAGGCGGCGCUGACGGGCAUCAUGGACAAAUCUAAAGAAAACUGCAUCUCAGGGCCUGUUAAGACGACGGUUCCACUUGGUGAUGGUGCGAAGCGUGUUCCCGUGAAUCAGCGCUUUCCUUCACAGAAUCCAUCGUCUGCAAGUGGUGGCCAGGCUCAGCGGGUCUUAUGUCCUUCAAAUUCCUCCCAGCGCCUGCCGUCACAAGCGCAAAAGCUUGUCUCCAGCCACAAAGCAGUUACAAAUCCGAAGCAGAAGCAAUUGCAGGCAAGCAAUGUGGCUCGUCCCGUCUCCAGGCCGCUGGCUGCUGCCCCGAAGAGCGAGCCCCCGCCCCCGCCGUCUGCACCAGGAAAUAAUCCUGAAAAGGAACAGGCAUCAAAACAGAAAACUGGAGAAUCCAAAAAAAGACAGUGGGCUUUGGAAGACUUUGAAAUUGGCCGCCCGCUGGGUAAAGGAAAGUUUGGCAAUGUUUAUUUGGCAAGAGAAAAACAAAGCAAGUUUAUCCUGGCUCUUAAAGUGCUGUUUAAAGCUCAGCUGGAGAAAGCAGGGGUUGAGCAUCAGCUGAGAAGAGAAGUAGAAAUACAGUCCCACCUUAGGCAUCCGAAUAUUCUCCGGCUUUAUGGGUAUUUCCACGAUGCCACCAGAGUGUACCUAAUUCUAGAAUAUGCACCUCUCGGCGCCGUGUAUAGAGAGCUUCAGAAACUAUCCAAGUUUGACGAGCAGAGAACUGCCACGUACAUCACAGAACUGGCAGAUGCCCUGUCUUACUGUCAUUCGAAGAGAGUUAUUCACAGAGACAUCAAGCCCGAGAACCUGCUCCUCGGAUCAGCUGGAGAACUGAAGAUUGCGGAUUUCGGGUGGUCUGUUCACGCCCCAUCCUCCAGGAGAACCACCCUCUGCGGCACCCUGGACUACCUGCCCCCGGAGAUGAUCGAGGGCCGAAUGCACGAUGAGAAGGUGGAUCUCUGGAGCCUUGGGGUCCUUUGCUAUGAAUUUUUAGUUGGGAAGCCUCCUUUUGAGGCAAGCACAUACGAGGAGACCUACAAAAGAAUAUCGCGGGUUGAAUUUACAUUCCCUGACUUUGUACCAGAGGGCGCCAGGGACUUCAUCUCAAGACUGUUGAAGCAUAACCCCAGCCAGAGGCCCACUCUGAAGGAAGUGCUGGAACACCCGUGGGUCACGGCAAACUCAUCCAAGCCACCAAGCAGCCACAAAAACAAAGACUCGACGAGCAAACAAUCUUAGGGCGUGCAGGGAGCAACCGGACCCAGGGCUGCUGUGGGAGCUGCUGGGGCGGGCUGCUGGCCUUCAGCUGGUGCCGACGACUGCCAUCUAGGGCGCUCCAGGAGUCAUUUUUCUCUUUCACUGGGCAGGCAGUACUUGGCCUCCCCGUUCAGAAACUCUGUGGCAACAAACACGCCAAAGGAAAGUGUUUCACGAGACUGUGAGCGUCCCUGGUUUGAGUUCGAGGCAGCCGCUCCACAGCCUGUCCUGGGUGAGGCGACCUCCCCGAAGACUCGCCAGGCCUGACUGGGGCGAGUGGCUGCUGAGCCCUGAUGGUCAGUUGAGAGCUGUGCAAUACCUUCCGAGUACCCCAGGGUGUAUGUAACUUAUUGGGGGGCCACGUGUGGUCUAGCUGUCAGAAUGAAUAUGGGAUUCUUCCUUUUAAAUGUUAAAAUAAAGAAUUUUGUGCAGGCUUGUGUGUUCCGUGGCACCCUGUAGGAAUGAUGUCUGCCUGGCCCUCCUGGUGACCGCAGCCUCUGCUGUCUGACACUAUGGUGGCACAUGCUCCCCCACCCCAGGACUGUUAGGGGCAGGUGCUACUUGCGUCUCCAAGCUGUUUGUAAAUGUUACGGGCUGCAUUCUCUGCGUGGAGGCCUGGCCGCGUGCACCCCUGCGCAGAUGCAUUUCUAGAGCACAUGGGGACUCCCACCCGCUCACCACUGGCAGAGCUGGUCUGCCUGUGCCUGGUCCCUUGUUCUGUGCCCCUGUGUCGGGUUCCCCAUGUGUUCCUAGCGGCCGUGCCAUCUGUCAACCAAAGGUGUGGGAAACAGUGGUGAAGGGUAAGGCCCCUGUGAUGUGUGCGGGACAGUGAGAACUAGGGGGUGACUUACUCGUGGCUGACUUCCAGGCAGCAUGUCAUGUCUAAACAGUAGUGACAGGAACUGGGAGUGUCCAGUUACCCCUGGGGACAAAGCAGCUCUUGGUUCCCACAGUCUGGAGCAG